AUGAAACGAAAGGUUUGGUCUGUGUUGCAGGUGCGUGUGUUAGGAGAGCCGCUGGGAGAUAUGGGAACUCUGAUUAUUGAUUUUGAAUGGCCGUUUGAGGUAACCAAUGGGAAAUGGCUGCUGUAUCUCACAGAGAUAGUCAUCAAAGGAACAUCAGAGUCACGCUGCGUCCCGUCGGGCGAUAUUGUCAACCCUCGCAACCUCACACUGUCAGAUGAAGGUGCUAAGCGACUCAAAAGAGACGCGGACACCAGUUUCCCUUACGCGGAAGCUGCCAUUACAGUUCUGACACCUCGCAAAGUGACUCAUUUACUGGAGUGUUCAAAGCAAACGGCUCGCUGUGUGACGUUCUCCUGCCCGCUGCGGAACAUGUCGACCCACAGCGAGAUCAAAGUCCGCUCUCGUGUGUGGAACAGCACCAUGCUGGAGGAUUAUGGCAACGCCUUACGAGUGCAGGUACGAGGCCAGGCGACGCUGAGACUGCUGACUGAUAAACCCGCCAUCAAAAUGGAGAGUCAGACCAGAGAGUUUCAAGUGAACAUUGAUCCGGUUCUGGGAGAGGAGACGCCGUAUGAAGUUCCUCUGUGGAUCAUCAUUGUUGCAGCGAUUGCUGGAAUAGUGUUAUUAGGCAUCAUCAGUUCAAUUCUGUGGAAGUGCGGGUUCUUCAGACGAGCCAGCAGGAGAGAGAUGUACGAGGCAAAAUCCCAGAAGGCUGAGAUGAAGAUCCAGCCCUCUGAGACAGAGAGGCUAACGGAGGAAUACUGAGACAUCACGCUGGCCUCCGGCAGCACCGUUAGGGCCCGUCGGUAAAACACACUGACUUCCUGUCUUCUCUCGACAAACCUGAGCUUCAAUAAUCUCCUGCAUCUCUUCAUUCCUCUCACAGAGACAGCGUGUUCUGUCACACUUACUACUACUAACCCUAACCUCUUUCCUUUUUCAUGUUUCCAUUUAAGGGACGGUUCACCACAAAAUGGA